AUGGCGUUCGAGAACUUACCAACGGAGCUGCGCAUCCUCAUCCUCAAGUCUCUCCCGGACCAACAAACAUUAGACAAUCUUAUCCGUGCUUCUCCCUUAUACCACGACACCUACUGCCUUGCCAAGAAGGGCAUUCUCCAUGAGCUAGUUCAACGGCAAUAUGGCCUAGUAGACCUCGAGGAGCCCCUGGCAGCUCUACAGUCCGAAGGCCUCCGUGCCGAGGCCUCCCAGCACAAGUCUCAAAUAACCACGCUCCUAGACCGUCUUCGUUGCCAUCGCGAAUCGUCACUCCCCCCUUCCGCAGAGAUCCGAUCUAUCCCGCAAAGCAUGCGCCUGCUCCACCUCUCCCAGAAGCUGCGAUACCUUGUGCGGGCCUAUUGCGCGCGCGCCCCCUGUCCCCCGUGGGCCGAUCCGGAGACCUGGCAGCAAAACCUUCCCCUGCGACCCUCGGCUAGCGAAAGAGCACGCAUUCUGCGCGCUCUCUGCCGACUACAAACCUACUGCAACAUCUUCGGGUCGCGCGAAUGGACAGACCCCAGCACAGACGGCACGCUCGGUGCCGCCACGUCCCCGUCUUGCAAACAGACCUCGUCAACGUGGUACAGGAAUUUCACGAUCGACCAGAUGUGGAGCCUGUUCUUCGGAGGGAUGCCGACGUGGGAGGUGGAGGAGUUCGGGUCUGUCUGGGUGUUCAUGCGCAACGAAUACACCCACCUCUUCGACCAGAUCACUCGGGAGUUUCCGCGGUCCGACCCUCGCUGGCGAGCGAUGCGACCUGAUUCACUGCCAGUGGACCCGUGGGAACUGUAUCCGACCGACAACGCUGAUGACUGCAGUAUCUACUGUAACCAUCUGGUCUCGCUAGGCCCCGGUUUCCUCUACAAGGCGGUGCAUCAGCCCUGCCGCGAGGAAAGCUGGCGUCUAGUGAUCAGUAACUCCAUCUCCUCGAAAUCCUCCUUCCAGGAUCUCGUGCAGGUCGUAACAAAUUCUCACUCUCUGCCGAUGGCGGACAAUGAGGUCGGUGAAGACGGUCUUGAUGCUGGUCCAUCGAGACCCGGUUCCGUCGAACCCAGCCUGGGCUGGAAACAGCACUGGCAGGAAAAAGGCAUUUUCCCGCGCGACGACAUCUCGAUGUCUUCUGCUUCGUCGUCAUCGUCGUCGUCCUCGCCAGAACCCAUAGCAGAUGAACUAUCUGUGCGGGACCUGGCGAAUUUCCAGGGCUGGGAAUGGGGAUAUGCGAUUUGGGAUUAUCAGCCUAUGCAUCGUGGCGUUGAGGUUUAUUGA